GUUAGCAGGGGAAUUCUUCCGUCCCCCGGGUAAACUCCCGGGCUGAAAAAUUGGUUCCGAAUCCAACGGAACCCAGAGCUGGGCGACGGCAGGUCACGUGGCUGGCGGCCUCAUGACGUGCGGAUUGCGAGGCGUCACCGUGACGUUCGGGCGACCUGCCGAGUGGCCCCGCUACCUCCACCACCUGUACGGUGGCGGUGUCAGCAUGGACCUGGGCCCGAUGCGCAAGAGUUACCGCGGGGACCGAGAGGCAUUUGAGGAAACUCAGCUGACUUCCCUGGACCCCAUGAAGCAGUUUGCUGCCUGGUUUGAGGAGGCCGUUCAGUGUCCUGACAUAGGGGAAGCCAAUGCCAUGUGUCUGGCUACCUGCACCAGAGACGGAAAACCCUCUGCCCGCAUGGUGCUGCUGAAGGGCUUUGGCAAGGAUGGCUUCCGCUUCUUCACUAACUUCGAGAGUCGGAAGGGAAAAGAGCUGGACUCCAAUCCCUUUGCUUCCCUUGUCUUCUACUGGGAGCCCCUCAACCGUCAGGUGCGUGUGGAGGGCUCUGUGAAGAAGCUGCCCGAAGAGGAGGCUGAGUGCUACUUCCACUCCCGCCCUAAGAGCAGCCAAAUCGGGGCUGUGGUCAGUAACCAGAGUUCUGUGAUCCCCGAUCGGGAGUAUCUGAGAAAGAAGAAUGAGGAACUGGAGCAGCUCUACCAAGAGCAAGAGGUGCCAAAGCCGAAGUACUGGGGUGGCUACAUCCUAUACCCGCGAGUGAUGGAGUUCUGGCAGGGCCAAACCAACCGUCUGCAUGACCGGAUCCUCUUCCGGCGGGGCCUGCCGACAGGAGACUCCCCUUUGGGGCCCAUGACCCACCGUGGGGAGGAAGACUGGCUGUACGAGAGGCUCGCACCCUGACUCGAAGUCUGCUGGCGCCUGCUGGAGCUGGCGCCAGAUGUCUGUUUCAUUUUCCAGGUAUAGAAUUGUUACAGAGAUACGUUUCAGUACUCAUGGAUCCCCUUCAGCUGCUCCCCUCCUCUGUGGGGGAUGACUCCUAGACGCGGGUUUCCAUCCCUGCUGGAAUUACCCAGGAAGCGUUUGUCACACAUGGUUUCACUGGUCUGAGUGAGGUCUGAACUUUGGGGAACGUAAAAGCUCCCCAGGGACUUCUGUGCAGCCAAAAGUUGAGACCCCCGAUUUUAGAUCCUCACUACUCUGUGUGGUCCACAGACCAGCAGCCCCACCACUUAGGAGCCCACCCUCAGCCCACCCAUGAAUCCCGUCCUGCAUUUAAUAAGCCCCCACCCCAGGUGACCGGUUUCAGUGUCCCCCACCUCCACAAAGCAAUGACUUCCCACCCUUACCAUGGGAUUCCUCAUCAGGCCUGGACUGAGGCCCGCGCUGAACUGUGUUUGCACACUUCUUGAGCACAAGUCUGGUGACCAAGGACAGCUUGAACGAAUGGCCUCCAGGCUGUGGAGGGGAGCCAGGCUGGGUAAAUGUUUGCUGUGACUAAGCCAGAAUCUGAGAACUGUUAUUUUGCGCGUUGGCAUGGAACUCGCCAGCUCUGUAAACUGUUUCAUUCCUCUGUGUGAGCGUGUGCGCUGCUUACGUGCUGCCAUUCAUGGGCUCCACCCAGGAGGCCCCUGUGGGGGGUUGAUCCCCCUCUUAAGCCUGAGUGUGGGAAGGCACGAUGCUAAUCCUAUGGCCACCAAAGGAGAUGGUGCUGGGGUGCCCUUCUCUGCCUUGUCCCAUUACUAGGAGCUCUGUAUUCCCCACCCCCUAUCUGAGCCUGGGUUCAGCUGUUCCUCUCCUGUUCUUUGACAAUCACUGUGCCAAGUCUGUAAUAAAACUUGUUCAGCCGUG